UCAGAAGUCAGCCAUACUUCUCUUUUUUUUUUUCACGCACCCUCCCAUCCCCGUCACUUUCUGUUCCCUGUACGUCUGUCUUUUUGUUCUGCUCUUAUUUGCUGAAUCCGGGGCAAAAGGAUGGCAGAGAUGGAGGGCCUCGAAUUUGGGAAGUCAGACUUUGUGCUGCUGGACGAGGUGACCAUGGAUCAGUUUAUGGAGAAUCUCAAAUUGAGGUUUGAGAAAGGUCGGAUCUACACCUACAUCGGCGACGUGGUGGUCUCCGUCAACCCGUAUAAACAGAUGGACAUCUACGGGAAAGACGCCAUCGACGCAUACCGUGGCCGUGAGCUGUACGAAAACCCACCUCACCUCUACGCCGUGUCCGACGCUGCCUAUAAGGUCAUGAAAAGACGAGCCAAAGACACGUGCAUUGUCAUAUCAGGUGAAAGCGGUGCAGGGAAAACAGAAGCCAGUAAAUACAUCAUGCAGUACAUUGCAGCUAUCACAAACCCAAGUCAGAGGGCAGACGUUGAAAGUGUGAAGAACGUGCUGCUCAAGUCCAACUGUGUUCUGGAGGCUUUUGGGAAUGCCAAGACGAAUCGUAACGACAACUCCAGCCGCUUUGGCAAGUACAUGGACAUCAACUUCAACUUCAAUGGCGAUCCCAUGGGGGGCCACAUUAACAACUACCUGCUGGAGAAGUCUCGGGUUGUUCACCAGCAGCAAGGGGAGAGGAACUUCCAUUCCUUUUACCAGUUUUUACGAGGCGGAUCGCAGGAAACGAUGGCCUCGUGUCACCUGCAAAGCGAUCCGAGUGCUUACGUGUACACCAAAGAGGGAGCCGCAGCCACUACCUGCAACAAUGAUUACUCAAGCCACAAAGCUGUCGUUCAUGCUCUGGAAGUGAUUGGCUUCUCCAAAAAGGAAAUUCAGUCCAUUUAUCAAAUUCUAGCUUCCAUCCUGCAUCUUGGUAAUGUCCAGUUUGGGAGCGAGGGUGAGAAUGUUGAAGUUUUGGACCUUGAAGCCGUGAAGCACAUCUCAGAGUUGACGGGCACAGACGCCGACGGUGUCAUCAAGAGCUUGCUGUACCGCACCGUGGCCACCGGUGGCGGCGACGUCAUUGAAAAGGGGCACACGGAAGAGGAGGCCUGCUUUGGGCGGGAUGCUUUUAGCAAGGCUCUCUACGAGAGACUUUUCGGGUGGAUUGUCGGCCGCAUCAAUGACGUCAUUGAGGUCAAAGACUACAACCCAGUGCUUCAUGGGAAAAACACCGUCAUCGGUGUGCUGGAUAUUUAUGGAUUUGAGAUAUUUGACAACAACAGUUUCGAGCAGUUUUGCAUCAACUACUGCAACGAAAAGCUUCAGCAACUUUUCAUCGAGCUGAUCCUCCAACAGGAACAAGCCGAAUAUAAGCGAGAGGGUAUCCAGUGGCAAGACAUUGACUACUUCAACAACCAGAUCAUCGUCGACCUCGUGGAGCAGCAGCACAAAGGGCUCAUCUCCAUUCUGGAUGAAGCUUGUCUCACUGUCGGGAAAGUCACAGACACCGUGUGCCUGGACAGCAUGGACAUCAAAUUGGCGCAACACCCCCACUACACCUCCCGAAAGCUCACCCCGACCGACAAAACCAUGGACUUCCAGAAGCACUUCCGGAUCCGCCACUAUGCCGGAGAUGUCACAUAUUCCGUCGAGGGCUUUUUGGACAAAAACAGAGACCUGCUUUUCCAAGAUUUCAAGCGCCUCAUGUACCACAGCUCCAACCCAGUGAUGAAGGAGAUGUGGCCCGAUGGUCAACUCAGCAUCACGGAGGUCACCAAGCGACCGCUAACAGCAGCCACCCUCUUCAAAAACUCCAUUGUCGCGUUGGUGGAUAAACUGGCCUGCAAGGAGCCGUAUUACGUGAGAUGCAUCAAGCCAAAUGAGCUGAAGUCCCCGUUGCUGUUUGACGACGCUCGCUGCCAACAUCAGGUGGCCUAUCUGGGUCUGCUGGAGAACGUCAUGGUGCGCAGGGCGGGUUUCGCCUACAGGCAACCCUAUGCUCGCUUCUUGCAGAGGUAUAAAAUGACGUGCGAGUACACUUGGCCCAAUCAUCUGAUGGAUUCCGACCGGGAGGCCGUGGAGGCCAUCGUCAAACAGCACGGUUUCCAGGACGACGUGGCGUACGGCCACACCAAGCUUUUUGUGCGAACGCCUCGAUCCCUCUUCACUUUGGAACAGGAGCGAGCCGCCCUCAUCCCCAUCUUGGUGCUUUUCUUACAAAAGGUAUGGCGGGGGGCUCUGGCUCGUAUGAGGUGCCGGCGGAUGAGGGCCAUUUAUGCCAUCAUGGGCUGCUUCAAGCGCUACAAGGUCAAAGCCCACUUCUGGGAAGUGGAGCAGCGCUUCGCCAAUGUCAGAAACAUGGCCGACUACGGAAAGAGCGUCGAAUGGCCGACUCCGCCUGCCGCCCUGAACCAGUUUCACACCAUCACGGUUGUGCUGCAUCGCAGGUGGUGGGCGAGACAGAUGGUGAAGAAAAUCCCGCCGUCAGACGUGCUUGAGAUUCGAGCCAAAGUCGCCGCUCUGACUGCUCUUGGCGGGGAGAGAAAAGACUGGGGCUGCAGCAGAGCCUGGGAAAGAGACUACCUAGCCAAUGUGCGAGACUGCCCUCGAUCCAGUUCCGGCUUUGCACGCUUCUCCCGGGAGCUGAGGAACAAAGACGAGUACAGACAAGUCCUUUUCUCGGGCUUCUGCAGGAAGGUGAAUCGGUUCAACAAGAGCACCGACCGCGGCGUACUCGUCACAGACGGGUGCUUCUACAAAUUAGAGCCAAAGAAACAAUUCAAGGUCCUUAAGAGAAUUCCUUUGGACACCCUAACAGGACUGAGCGUGACCAGCGGGGUCGACCAGAUGGUGGCGCUGCACACCUCCUCACAGGACGACGUUCUGCUGUGUCUCCAAUGUGGGGAGCUCUGUCCCAACCGGGACCGUGUCGGCGAGCUGGUGGGAACGUUGGUGGACCACUUUACACGUGAAAGAAAAACCUCAUUAGCCGUGAAGGUGUGCCCGUCGGGCAUCCGGCUACACAUGCGCGGCAAACCAAAGACUGUUACCGUGGAAACCAAGGAGGGACUAACUCAUGCCGAUUUCAAGAAGAGCAAAGAAGGUUUCAUUCUACUGGUUCCGGCCAAAUGAGGCAGAGACUUUUUAGCCGGUCAGCCGCCAGAACGGGAUUUUCCUCCAAACUUGGGUACCCUCCAGUUGAACAUGCUUUCAAGUUUAAAUCAAUAAAUGUAUGUGUAAACAUACAAACAAAUGUGAUAGCUUUGAGCAUUUAGAAACUAUUCGAACUGUGAAACGCUUUCCUGAAAUAAGUGUGAAGUUUAACGGAAUAAAUUGUUCAAACGGUU